AUGUUUUCAUCCUGGUUUGACGAUUAUGAUGAUUCUUUAUGGUCAAGAGCAAGAAAAUACUCUUCAAGAUUACCAAGAGAUUAUAAUCCAAGAAGAGUAACUGAAAAUUUACCAUGGUAUGCAUCAGACAGAGAUCUUCAACCUCUUUCUUAUGAUAGUCCAAGAAGGAGUAAGCCUCAUUCAGCAUUAGCUAGAAGAGAAGGUGAUUUUAUUGAUGAUUUUUGGAGAAAUGUUGAACGUGGUAAAUAUUUUGUCGGAUUUGAUGAAAAUUUACAUACUACAGAAGAAGAUGACAAAUAUUUAGUAUCAUUCGAUAGGGAAAAUUUAUCAGUUGAUGAUGUUUCAAUUGAUUUUAAUAAACAUGAUAAUGAAUUAGUUAUUUCUGUUGAUCAAAGUGAACAAGAUAGAUUUGGUAGAUCAACGAGUUCAAAAUAUCAUUCAGCUAUGAAAUUUAAUAAACCUAUUAAGGUAGAUGAUAUUAAAGCUGAUAUUACUGAUCAUGGAAUUGAAUUAAAAUUACCUAAAGAACAUGCAGAUAGUGAACAAGUUGUACAAAUUCCACUUCAAAAAAGUGAAAAAAAGAGAGCUGAAACGUAA